AUGGACGACGAUAUAGAUAAUAUGUUCGACGAUCACCCCUCUCUCUCCGCCUCGCUGGAGGACUUUGCGGCCAACAGCAACACUCGCCGCUCGCCCCUCCUCGAUCUUCCCUCACAACACUCCGGAUUCCGGUCGGAGGAGUCGGACAACGACAUGGACGACGAACCGACGGAGCCGUGGUCGCCGCCAGGGCUCCGGAGCCACGACUAUGUGCCCGGGAGCGGGUGGUAUCGCCAUCAGCCAUACGAGCGCAAGGAAGACCGGGAUCGACUGGAGCUGAAACCGACCUUGCAACACAGUCCAUCGCGGUCGCGAGAACCCAGUCCACAAUAUGAAGAUGCGCCAGAGGCUCCGCUGCCAGUGGGAACGGGUUACAACACUGCAGGCCUUCCCGAUAUCACGUUGGCAGCAAAUACACCUCUUCCUCCCGGGGGAGACUCGCCGCUGAAAGGACGGUCGGUCAGCCCAGAUCCGCCUCGCAAAGGCGGCGGUGGCGGCGGGAACAACCGCCGCGAGGACAAUGAGAGCACUGUGGAAUCCCAGCCAACUAAUCUGAAUAACUACAUACGUUUCGCCUUGCGCGCCGAAGUUCAGCAUCGCGAACCAUUUGUCGCCUUCUUCAACUAUCUGCGAUCCAAGUUUGACAGCAUGACGAGGACCAAAUCCAAUACCAUAAUCUCGAUCGUAGUCUUAUUGGGGUCAAUUGCGCUGAUGCGCGCGCUUCUCCUCCCGCCGGUACCGCAGGCGGUUCCGGACCUCGUAAAGCUGUCCAGCUUUGCUCGUUCUUUCGAGCCGCUGAUUCACUACUCGGAAAACGGUGUGAAACAGAUCGGCACACUGCAAGAGACGGGCGUUGCGGUUUGGGACUUGGGCGAAUCGCUCCGGGGAUCGAAUAUGACGAGUGCGCCCAUCAUCGUGAGCCAACUGGACGAGCUCUCCGAAUCGUUAAAGACGCUCUCUCUCGAGCUGACCCGCUUCUUUGCCAAUGUCGAUGCCGAUGUCGAUUCGAUUCUGCUAGUGAUGGACUGGGCCAAACGGGAGCUUCAGACGUUAACCAAUCAGCCUCCCAGCAGCCUGCCCUCGAUUAUGAUCGACAACUUGCACACUAUGAUAUCGUCACUGGCCUCUCUCGAGCGGUUCGAUUCCGCUGGGGGUGAAGAUUCCGACGGGGGCAGUGACCUCACCAGCACAACGACCACCUUGGGCACGAUAGUCACGGCCAUCCUGGGUCCGACCUCUGCGCAACGUACGCGUGCCACCCUGACCCGGACAUUUACCGAGUUCCUCAACGUGCUGGAAGAGUCGAUCAAUAGCGAGCUCUCCCACUCGACGGCGCUUUUUGCGCUCUUCGAGUCCAUUGACCGGCAGUUCCUCAAUCUUCAGCGGACAGUCGUUCGUGAAUCGGAUGCGCAGGAGCGGGCAGAGGGCGAGAUGCUGAGUUCACUGUGGACGCGGGUUCUGGGCCCCGACGCGGCCUUGGUCCGCAAGUACGAGAAGAACCGACGUCUUCUCGCCAGCGUGCGCAGCCGGACGGUUGCCAACAAGCACCUUCUCAUGGACCACCGGGGCCGGCUGCUCACGCUGAAGGUCAACUUGGAGACACUGCGACGGAAACUGGUGAGUCCUCUUGUGCGGCGGAACGACUCGGUCAGUUUUGUCGGCAUGGUCGACGGCAGCAGCGGCAGCGGGCGCAUGCUCAGCCCCGUGGAAGCCGUAGUCGAAGGACAGAUCAGGGGCAUCGACAGCGCAUACGAGUACCUUCGCGGAGUGCGCGAGAAGCAGAAAGCGAAGCUGAUGGAGAUGGUGUAUGGAGCGGGCAGCCGGACGAGUAUUCCUGGCAGCACGACGCUCAGCAUCGGGCCGGAGGAAUCCAUGAGUGAGGGAGAGGGGUGA